AUGUCGGUAACAGACUGGAAUCGGUCAGGCGAUUGGUUUCUCGAACAGUUUGGCGUCCUGAUCCAGCGAAUGAAGGAAAGCCGGCAGGAAAGGAGGGCCGUAGUCGAAAAGUACGAGCAGGAGAUUUCCGCGCGUGAAGAGGCCGUGCGGCACAAGACAGACUCGGUCAACAAGAAGCUCAACAAGAUGAAACAGAAUGGCCUUAAAGUCGUGACCGACGGCGACGACUAG